UUUGUAGCAACAUGCGCCAAACAUUUAUCAAGCCCGGUGAUCGCAUUCACCACCGCCAAAUCGCCAAUCUCAGCAAACCUUACCUUACAACCAGCACCUCAGUCGCCUGCAAGAGGACCGACUUGAAAUCACUGGGCGCUUCAAAGCAUUAAUUAAAACACGGUUGCUCCUUCCACUUCCCGCCACCACUGGGGCAAAACCCGGCAAGCCUGCACACUUCGUUGGAGCGUCAUUACUAUUGCUAGCAGCACUUGAAUUAGCUGCGUCUCUGUGUCCACCAGGCGUUCGCUUAAGGCUGGCUCACUUGUGCAGCUUUAUGGACCAUGGACCAACAGGAGCGUGAUCGCUGCACCUUAGCUCUGGAAAGGCUCGCACAGAUCUUUGCAAGAAAUAACUCGUGGAUUCUGAGGGCUGCGGGUGCACUUUCCGCUGCGGAACCGCUGCAGCGGGACUUAAUCUUCUGCAAAAGGACUGAUGGCGACAAGCUGGCGGCCCUGGAGGAGCUCAUGCGGAUGCAAGCGCUGGCUUCUGGUAGCAUGGCAGCAUCUAGCGAUGGCGCAUCCAUGGCCGUCAAGGUCGUCAAUGACACCACGACCACGUACCUCAAGACCUGCCUGCCGCCGUUCGACCCGCUCUUCCUGUGGGGCUCCGCUUCCCAGUUACGGCAGUUGCUGGCUGAGCCGAUAACCCCUGGCCUCCCGUUGCCAGAGCCUGUGGCCACACGCCUGUUCAUGCAGCAUGGCGAGCUGAAGGGGCCGCUGGUGUCGACCGCGGCCUCUGACGCGGCCGCCAGCGCGGAUGCUCUGGCUUCGCACGUCCGGAAUGUCAUGGACCUGGAGCCGCGUGACGGGUCAGAGGUGUACACUGCGCGCAGCACGGGCAUUGUGGUGGAGGACACGCUGCGGCUCAUCAAGAAGCGCCUGCCGGCGGGGGCGCACAUCUGGAUGGACCGCAACACGCCGGAUGCAAGCGGGCCUACACUCGAGAGCUUGCGACCUGACUUCCUGUGCUGGGUCGACGGUGCUCUGGUCUUCAAGGGUGAGGAAAAGGCCCUAUCGGCUCAGCUUGGAGAUGCAAUCCAUGAGCUGACGACCAAGAUCUCGACUGUGUGGGCAGCUGGGCUGGUGCUGGGCAAGCGGCCGCCGUGCAUGCUGGCUUACGCCGCGGCAGGGACCAUUCUGCAGUUCUUCUGCAUCCAGCAGCCCGAGUCGGGAUACGGCGUGAAGGCCACGCCGAUCAGCGGUGAGCUGGACCUCAACACGGCUCUGGGUCGGCUGCGGGCAUUGACUGCCUCCUUCAACAUCUGGCGACUGCUGGCAGGCUACGCUUCGCAAGCGCCCGCCAUGCCCGUGGCGUCCGGCUGCAUCUCGCGCUCGCCGGACGGCCUGCGCACCUAUUGCGUGCUGCAAGGCUUCUUCCGCAAGUCCAUCCAGAACUUCUCAGUUGAGCAGGCGCCGUACGCCAGCUUUGAGCUGCUGCAGGACGUGUACGGCAAGAUGUCGAAGGCGGAGCACCGGCGCAACAUCAUCCAGGUGUACGACGUCGACGGGCACGUCGGCGGCCCGCAGUUGCGGGACGACGUGUACACCGUGCACCUGGCGCCGGUGGGGAAUCCCUGCCACGGCCCACCCGACGGCCUGCGCAUGCUCGCGCGUGCGGUGUCCGGCGUGCUGGCCGGCCUUGCGGCGCUUCACAGCGAAGGCUUCGUGCACCGUGACGUCCGGUGGGCCAACGUUAUCUUCCUGCCCGCCGAGAUGCGCUGGCUGCUGGUGGACCUGGAGCACGUCGGCCUCAACAACUGCGACUGCAGUGGGGAGCCUUACCCGCUGCGGGCCUGGAGCCAGCGCACGCUGGAAGACGGCGGCAAGUACACGUUCCGCUCAGACCUGCGCAUGGUGGCGGAGCAGCUGCUGUGCUGGGUGGAGCUGGACGACGCCGGCAAGGACCUGCGGAAGCAGCUGCAGGCGGGCCAGCUCACGGCGGCGAUGGCGCUACAGCACGAAUGGCUAGGGUUGUUCCUGGCCUUAGAAUGGAAUUCCUUCUAACGUUAUAAUAAUGUAGAACUAAAUUAGAUCAUUAGGAUGAGCAUGAGAACGAGGUCCGUAACUUUUAACCUAGGGGGAGUUCGCUGCUGAAACUUUGGCAAGUCAACGGCUGAUGCGCACCCAGGUGUUUGCAAAAGUCGGCACGUUUGCGGGGUGCACAGGCCAGGCUGAACUGGGUAUGCGCCCCCCAGAUACAGCCAUACUGACUGCGCUGGUCACGCUAGACCCGUCAUCAGCAGCCUGUCAAAGGAGCCCGUUAGCCAUUGCACAUGCGCACGGACGCAUGCCGGUAUGCGGCAGCCACAGUGCUAGUCUCCGCCUCCCCACUCCUCUGCUUUGGCGCGCUUCUGUCCCCAAGAUUCAAAGCCAAUCCGUGUUUUCUCAAUCCCAGGUUCUAAACCCGGUCGCUUGGGCCUUCUACAAAAUACGGUUAUAAUAUAUUAGAAUUUUCCUAAGUUUAAUUCUCAUCCUAAGACCCGGCGCAACCCUACGAAUGGCUGAUCGGGUCCAGCACUCAAGAAUGAAACUCGGGGGUUGUUUUUAAGUUUACUGAAUGAGCCGGUGACGGGGGCAGAGUUGGGUGGCUAAGUUGGGCUGAGUUGGGACCAAUGGCUGGGGCAGAGGGUCAGGGCACUGGGUCAGGUACCGAGUCGGAUGCAGGCCAGGGCCACGCAGCCCCUGAAGCGAAAUGUGCACGGCUACGGAACAAGCUGGCAUAUUGGAAGGCACGCAUGCGCAGGCACGCAUAGUACGGUACCAAGCGAUUCGCUUGCGUGCCGCGCGCCGCAAACCCCCAAGCACCUUCCAGCCAGGCCCACGCUGUCAUGGCAUGCCUUCUACAAACCCAGCAGAUGAUGUGGAUAAGUGCACAUACGGUACAUGCAGGCCGCAGUGCCGCACAUUUGUAAGGGGGGUUUCAC